AAAGUCAGUGUUCAAGCUGCGGGGCUAAUAGAGUUUGUAUCUAAAGUAGAUUCGCUGAUCUUCUCUAACAACUUAUCACGUCACCAUCAUGAGGAUUGUUGGUUUGAGUACGGUCAUCUUUAUUAUCAUGUUUUUCGCUCAUGGCAAAGCUAUGGAUUGCGAUAGCCUGAAGACACUUUUACCAAGUGUAUUCGAAUGUGCAACAUCCAAGGAAUGCAUAUUCACCGAAUGGGAGUGCGAUUCACAAGUAGACUGCAUUGACAAAAGUGAUGAACAACCUGAGAAAUGUCUCGACGAGUGGAAAGAAUCGUGUAAAGAUUUCUUCAAACCGUUCGUAUGCAACAACGGUAUGUGCAUUGAUGGUGGCAAAGUUUGCAACGAUAUACCCGACUGUUCUGACGGAAGCGACGAAAAUAACUGUUCCGCCUAGAAGUUUAAACGGAGCAAAUAUAACCUCAAUUAUUUGUACCUCAUUCUUGAAACGGGGACCAAUGUUCUUCCAGCCACUUAACCCAGAACUUCUCGCAUCGGCCUCGUUAAACUAUCCUUGACUGAACGAAACUACCCCAUUCUUGCAGUAGGCCAAUAGUAUAUUGAUUCGAUUUUCUGAUCGGUUCAGUAGUAUUUCUGCGGCGGAUGCAAGGGGGAGGGGUGCAGAUUGUCGUAAGAAAAAUUAUUGUUGUAUUACAUUGUUGAUAUGAAUUAUUGGUAAGAUUUUUAAGGUAGGAGAGUGCAAUUUCCGGACACCCAGGGGUCCAAAUUCUUAAAAUGUUCGCACCUCAGCCUCGGCCCCAGCCAUGUUGGUGCUGAGGUGGAGUGGACUCUCACGCACCAAUGGGCGCGGGUCAGUGUGGAAACCCCCCUCCCCCACAUAUUUUUUAAGGGGAUGGGUUGGUCCCUCUCACUUUUCGUGAGUCAAGAAGAUGCCUGAAAAUUGUUGAAAUAAACUGCACAAAUGAUCCAGAUUUUAACGAAAGAACGCUGUACAGCCAGAGUAGGCCUACAUCUUAUUUUAUAGCACGAUACCGGUAUCUCUGCCCACAAACAUCUGAAUUACCAUAGGUGUACACGACUCGCGUGCGCGUGCAUUUAUUAGGCCUAUAUUUUGAGUAAGUAUGAGAAAAGGCGUGCAAAAAAUAAGAUUGGUUUUCGGCACAUGAAGUAGGUAAAGUAAAUACAUCAAAGACAAAAGUUUUAUUUUCUAUGGUACAUCACAGCGAUUAAUUAGAUCGAUGAUAAUGAUGAAUUUUACUAUAUAAGAGUGUCAUAACCAGCAAUCGAGAGGUAAAUAUUCCCCAAACUUUUUCCACCUCAACCCCAACUGAGAUGAGUGUGGACUCAUGGUUUUGAAGUAGGUAAAGUAAGUACAUCAAAGACACUGUUUUUAAGUUUUAUAAACAUCACUCAUAUUAAUUAGAUCUCUGUAGUUGCCGAAAAUACAUGAUUAAAGAUCAUGAGAGAUUUGCUGGCGCUUCAUUUAGACUAUUUAAUGAUGGUCUGAUGAUGAAUUUACUAUAGUGUCAUUUCCGGCCAUCUAAAGACACUAUUUCCUCAAAUUUUCACCUCCAAAAUGUCCCUCCACCCCACCACCUUCCAAAACAGAUCUGCGCCCUUGCAUGCACCCCUACCGCCAAAUCCUCGAUCCGGCCCAGGGUUUUCCAAUCAGACAAUUUAGAUUCGGUGUGAAUGCGUUUUUAACCAUAGAUUGUGAACAUGUGGUUUAGUUAAUGAUACACAUUUCUCAAUUUAUGUUAUUGACUUUGUUUUGAACUCUCAACAAUAGGCGUCAAAAAUAUCUCUUGUAUGUAUCUUAUAAAUAAUGCAUGGAUAGCCGUAGCAUAGAAAUCAGUGAUAUGAUUAUAUUGCAAACGGAAAAUAAGUUACCUUGCCGUUAUUAUAUCUUCAGCAUACAGAUUUCCCCUGGGCCUACAGGCAUAAAUGAACUUAUUCUAUCUUUUAAUACAAAUCUUAUGGCAGAUUAAGAUUAUAAUUUUAUGUGGUUGUUACAGAUAGUUAUAUUAUUGUAUCUAUUAAAUGAAGAUAAUAAAUCAAUAUAAAGUACAUAUAA